CUCAAUAUGGCGCCGGGGAUAGGAUGAGCCAGGGUGACUCAAACCCAGCAGCAAUUCCAAAUGCAGCUGAAGAUGUUCAGGGAGAUGACAGGUGGAUGUCACAGCAUAACCGUUUUGUGUUGGACUGCAAGGACAGGAACCUAUUGCUGUUUGUGGGGGAUUCCAUGGUUCAGCUGCUGCAGCAAUACGAGAUAUGGCGAGAACUCUUUCACCUUUACACGCACUGAAUGUUUGGGAUUGGAGGGGACACAACGGGGCAAGUUUUGUGGAGACUGAAGAAUGGUGAACUGGAGAAUAGUAAACCCAAGGUCAUUGUUGUUGGGGUUGGAACAAAUAACCGAAACACAGCAGAGGAAGUAGCUGGUGGAAUAGAGGCCAUUGUAAGGCUCAUCAAUACGCGGCAGCCUCAGGCCAAGAUAAUCGUGCUGGGCCUGCUGCCUCGUGGUGAGAAGCCAAACCAGCUGCGGCAGAAGAACAGCAAGGUGAACCAGCUCCUGAAGAUCUCACUGCCCAAACUCUCCAGUGUCCAGCUGCUGGACGUGGAUGCUGGCUUUGUGCACUCAGAUGGCACCAUCUCCUGCCACGACAUGUUUGAUUUUCUGCACCUAUCGGGUGCCGGCUAUGCCAAGAUCUGCAAACCCCUCCAUGAACUGAUCAUGCAGCUGCUGGAGGACCCCGAAGAGAAGCAGGCGACUUUGGCCUGA